AUGCGAGUGGUGACCCGAGGGAUAGAAUCGACAGCAGGGGUCGUCGUCUUUGGAGAGCGGCGGGGUCUGGUGGAGGAGGAUGAAGCCUUCUCCGAAUCCGCGCCCUUCUUUCCCUCCACAAGCAAGUUCGCAAUUUUCUCGCACCUCGACUCUUCCUUGCCCUUUGCCUGUGCUUUGCGUUUCCUCCCUUUUGCUGAAUCCUCUGUUUCGUCCCCCGCGCAGACAUCACCAUCGUCAGGCUCUGGAAGCGAAGCAAGCGGGUGUUCUUGCGCCGUCGUCAUAGUAGGGGAAGACGAAGAUGAAGAACUACCCAUCGACGUAGUCGAGAAAUACGCCGAAGUGGGCGUGAUGAGGGACGGCGUCGAAGCCACCGUAGCCGUCUGUGUCUGGAUCAUAAGCCUGAUCGCUGGAAGCUGGGUGGGUGAAUGCGGCCGACGACGGGGAAGGUGGUAG